AUGGACAGAACACUAAUAGGUUCAAUUCAUGCUACUCGACGUCAUGGCACUGAAAUUGAAAACAAUAUCCGAAUAUUACGUGAAGCAUGCAUUGAAGCUGAACAAUCUGAUUUUAAUCUUUCAUUACGCGGCUUUAUAGAAAAUAUACAAAGAACUAAACGAACAGUUAUAUGUGAUUCUCGAUCAGAAACUAUUAAAAUUCAAGUACGCGUUUGUACUCGAGAUGCUGAUCCUGUUGCAUUGAAGCAAAUACAAGAAUCAAUAAACAAUAAUAAUAUUGAACUAUUUAAAACAUGCUAUGUUGGCUCUAAUCGGUUUACUACUUCAUCAAGUCAUGAAGCAUCUAAAUUUACUGAUUCUUGUAUAUUAUUUGUUGUUAAUUGUAAAUUACGAUUAGGUUUCAUACGUCGUAUUAUUCGUAUCAACUGCACAAAAGGAUGUUCAUACUUAUGUCAAAUGCAGCCAGUGACCAUUAACUCAUAUCUUGAUAUUAAUAUAAAUGGAGAUAUUAUAACUUGCAAAAACGUUCUUUUUGGUAAUCUAGAAUCGUACAAUAUGUACAUGUACAUCAAACCGGAACAAAUUAUUGAGAAAAUUAUUCAUGUGUUUGAAAAACAGUCAAAACAAUAUAUAUUUUUUCGAUUUCCAAAUUUAGUUGAAUCUUCAUAA